GGUCAGGGCAGAGUCUGCUAUAAAUGUAUUGCAACAGACAACAACUUUACUGACUCUACAGCGGGGCUUGCAUGGUGAGCUGUCAUAGCUCAUCUCUACAGGGACAAUAUGAGCGCUUCUGUGGCCGUGUACAGGAAUAUUUACACAGAGGACCGCUUCAAACAGGCCUACGGCUCCGAUGACAACACAAGUGGAAGUUUGCGGCUCCGGGAAAGGCUUGCCUUGAGGUGCAGGUGUUCAAGGAGAGCCUGCCUUCACCUGUUGAGGGAGAGAGUGCCCAUUUUCAACUGGCUGCCAAGAUACAGACUAAAGAAAUGGAUUUUAGGAGAUACUAUCGGAGGACUGACAGUUGGUAUCCUUCACAUUCCCCAGGGCAUGGCCUUCGCUUUACUCACAUCGGUGGCACCAAUAUUUGGCCUGUACACCUCCUUCUUUCCUGUGGUGCUCUAUAUGAUUUUUGGCACAGGUCGUCAUGUGUCCACAGGUACCUUUGCAGUAGUGAGUCUGAUGACGGGCUCUGUGGUGGAGCAGCUGGUUCCCACUCCUCUGGAGAUGAACUCAAGUUCAUCUGAAGCAGCCGACUUCGAGGCCCAGAGGAUCGGAGUUGCCUCUGCUGUUGCACUCCUCUCAGGGAUUAUUAUGCUCUGCAUGUUUGGUCUUCAGCUGGGCUUCCUCUCCACCUAUCUGUCAGAGCCAAUUGUUAAAGCUUUCACCAGUGCUGCUGCCUUCCAUGUGACUGUCUCACAGCUGCAAAGCAUGCUGGGGCUGCGGCUCCCGCGCCACACUGGGACCUUCUCCCUCUUCAAGACUUUAGCGUCAGUGAUGGAGAACCUGCCUCACACAAACAUGGCAGAGCUGCUGAUCUCAUUGGUGUGUCUGGCUGUUCUUGUGCCGGUCAAGGAAAUCAACAUGCGUUACCGGCAGCGCCUGCGUACACCCAUCCCUGUGGAGAUCCUCACGGUUAUCAUUGCUACAGGUGUGGCCUACGCCUCCUCGCUGGACACUUCUUACAACAUUGAGAUAGUCGGCCACAUCCCAGCUGGAUUCCCGGGGCCUCGGAUGCCUGCCCUGCACACUUUACCUGACAUUGCUGGAGACACUGUCGCCAUCACAUUUGUUGGUUACGCCGUGUCCGUCUCACUGGCGAUGAUCUAUGCCGAUAAACAUGGAUAUUCCAUACACCCCAACCAGGAGCUCCUGGCUCACGGCAUCUCCAACACAGUGUCUUCUUUUUUCACCUGCUUUCCCAGCUCGGCUACUCUGGCCACUACAAAUAUACUCGAGAGUGCCGGAGGAUACACACAGCUCUCCGGCUUGUUCACAAGUCUGGUUGUUCUGGUUGUCCUGCUGCUGAUCGGUCCGCUGUUCUACUUCCUACCAAAGGCAGUCCUGGCAUGCAUCAACGUCACCAGCCUCAGGCAGAUGUUCCUGCAGUUCCAGGACUUACCUGAACUGUGGAGAGUCAGCAAGAUCGACUUUAUGGUGUGGGUGGUAACCUGGCUCUCUGUAGUGGUACUAAAUGUGGAUCUUGGCCUCGCUAUUGGAGUGGUGUUCUCUAUGAUGACCGUCAUCUGCCGCACACAGAGGGCUGGUUGUUCAGUGCUCGGUCGGGCCAGCAACACAGAAAUUUACAGACCUCUGGAGAACCACAGCAAAUGCUAUGAGGUUCCUGGAGUGAAGAUCCUGACCUACAACGGCCCUAUUUAUUACGGCAACCGCAGCUUCUUCAGGAAGGAGAUGAGCCGGCUGUUGGGCCUGACGCCAGAGAAGAUUCGCAGCCGGGAGAAAGCGAGGAAAGCCCUGGAGAAAAGGGAGAGAGAGGCCACCGUCAGCACUGUGGAAAGAGGCAUUGCAAACGCAUCAUUUUUUUCAGAAAACGAGUUUUUUAAAUCUGAAACCUCUGAGAGCGAUGUUCAGGCGGUGUUAAUCGACUGCAGCAGCGUGAUAUUUGUUGAUGUUGCUGGAGCGAGACUCUUUACGCAGAUGUGCACUGAAUGCCAGAAAGCUGGAGUUCAUGUGUACUUGGCAAACUGCAAUGAGAGCGUCUUAAAGAUCCUAACAUCAAGUGGUCUCAUGACCUACAUGAACCCUCAGCAUAUAUUUGUCACUGUUCAUGAUGCAGUGAUGUAUAUCCAGCAGCAGAAGGAGAAACCCCCUGAACCUCCAGAGAACACCACGACUGUUUGGGUCUGAGCCAGGAGCGCAGUGAUGAGUCAUGCUCCCGUCAGCCGUGUGCUCAGACUAAAGAGGCCGAGGGCAAAAGGGACUUCUGCAUUAUGUUUGAAAGCAGCAUUUGGUCCAGACUUCACUAUAUACCAGUGUUCUAAACAAGCAGUAGCCAGUUGUAGCAAUAUUUACAGUAGUUAUUACAUUACAGUUUUACCAGUUUUCUUACAGGUAUUGGACUCACUCCUGGCAUAUUUUAACCCUUUGAACCCCAUUUAUUGUAGAAAGAAACUGUAAAAAUAGGCACCAUCGUUGGAGUAAAGCGUUAACCUUUCCGACGGUCCUUGAAUGGAUCAUAGAUUAUGAAAGAUUCUAUAAGAAAAAGUAACCAAAAUGAAGCUUAAGAUUGAUUUCUAUCAAAAUCACUUUAUUCUACAUGUCUCAUUUAAAACAUUGCCAAAAAUAAAUCGUUUGGAAUAACUAGAUCCUGUUAAAAACAUUAAAUUCUGCUCCUCAGCUACACUGUGAAGCCAUGAUUGAUUCUGCUGAGACGAACAGUCACGUAACAAAUAUUCACUGAAAAUCUGUUUACACAGAGCCGAGAGGAGAGGACAGGACAGGGGAGGCUGUAAAAUGCAAAUAGUUAAUAGCCAAUAUUCCUGACACUUAUGGGCACUUGGAAAAGUGUUGUCUAUAUAGAUUAAAUUUUAUCAGAACUUCAACUUUCAGAAAUUCAGUGUUUUUUUUAUGUUUAUGAUUUAUGUCAUUAUAACUGUGUUAUUCUGCAUAAAAUACAUUCUUGAGUUGUUCACACUUCUAGACAUGGUUGUGCUGAUUCUAUAGAGCUGUAGGACUUUUAGAAUUUAUAUACUGCAAUAAAAUACAAGGCCACAGUGAGUAAAAUGUAAAAAGAGCAAAAAAACGCCCUGAAACAGCUUGUUGGGGUUCAAAGGGUUAAUCUGAUAUCAGUAAACAUUAACAAAAUCAGGAGGUUUUAAAUCAGGCAGAUACAACAGACAAUCUCUUAAUACAUAUUUAGUGUAAAACAGUAUAAACAUCAAAUGUGUAAUUUUUGACUUAUGACUAUAAAACUGUAUAUAUUUUGUCUUGUAUCGUCUUAUAUGCUGGAAUAUUAGUAUAGUGAUAUUUAUUUAGUGUCUGUUUGUUGUUGCAAUGCAGAUAAAUAUAAAGUGCACUGAAUAGUUUGAUGUAUUUUACUUUGUAUUUAUACGUUUUGAAAUAUGUGCUCAAAUAUGCAACUAUGUACAGUAAAUGCCCUCCCAAUCUGCCUUAAAAUGUUUUGUCUUUUAACUCCUGAGAGACUGCACAAAAUAUUGUAUGAAUGACUUUUGUAUUUGUCAGCAACUGUAACAUCCAGUGGCUGUUUUGACAAUAAAUAUA